AUGCCACCCAUGCAAUACAUGAACAACUCCGCUGCCUUCUGGGACUUCAUCGCUGGCCUCGAGCAGCAAGGCUCACAACAUCCUUUCUUUGCCCAGAACCGCAAUGACGAGACCGAGAACGAUCGCGAGGUAUCUCCUCAGGAUCCCCAAGAUCCCUUUGCUCCGUUCAGACAGAGUCAACACUUCUUCGGUGGCGGCAGGGGGAUGCCUCAUCGUGGAGGGCCUCCACAUGAACGCCACGAGCAUCGUCGCGAGGGAGCUACGGGUGAGCACAAUCAGGACCGUACAGACCAGACGGAGGCCGAGAAGGAUGCUAGGAUGAACACCGAGAACGACAAUGGCGAAGGCCCUUCAGGUACCUCUGAGUCUGACCAUGAAGCUCACCACGGUGGCCGCCCACAAGGUCGCCGUGGCGGAGGACGUCGAGGACGCUGUGGCCCUGGUGGGUCGGGUGGCUCUGGACCCCACCAUGCCUACCAUCCCUAUGGCAGCUCGCCCCGCCACGGACCCCAUCAUGGCGGUCACCGCGGAGGCUGGGGCUCCUGGACAUGCGGAGGACCUUUUGGAGGCAUGAGCAGAGGGCCUUUUGAAGGCAUGAGCAGAGGGCUUUUUGGAGGCAUGAGCGGUGGACCCUUUGGCGCCGGUGAUAACUCCUGGUCCUCUUUCGACCCCUCUACAUUCACUGCACAGCUCUUCAACCAAUUCACCGGCACCCACCCCUCCAACGCCACCAACGCUACCAAGCCCACCGAGUCUGAAGACUACACCCCUGACGCCGAUAUCUUCGACACCGAUUCCACCUACGUCGUUCAUGUCUCGCUCCCUGGCGCCAAAAAGGAAGACGUCGGUGUGAACUGGGAUGCAGAGAAGAGCGAGCUCAGCAUUGCCGGUGUCAUAUACCGCCCUGGUGAUGAAGAUUUCUUGAAGACACUUGCCUUGGAUGAGCGCAGGGUCGGAGCCUUCGAGAGGAAGAUUCGUCUUGGCACGAGGGCGAACCCAGCGAAUGUUGAUGCUGAUGGAAUGACAGCGAAACUUGAAGAUGGUGUCCUGAGGGUCGAGGUGCCGAAACUAGACUCUGGAUACGUUGAGAUCCGCAAGGUGGAUAUUGAGUAA